AUGGAAAGAGAAAGGGAUGACCAACCACAGCUAAACCCAAAAGCAAUUAUAGAUUACAAUAAGAACAUGAGACUGGUAGAUAAAAGCUACAUGAUCAGUUUCAAUGAAUGCCUAAGAAAGACGCAGAAGUGGUAUAAGAAGUACUUCUUCCACCUCAUGGACCUGUGUGUGUUGAAUGCUUACUACAUUCAUUCUUCUCUGACAGGGAAAAAAACAGGUUUGAGAGUGUUUUCACUGACUUUGUACGUCAGCGGUGGGAGAAAUAUGGCCCCCCCACAGCCCCCUCCUGCACCUCUGGCUCUUCCUGUCGUAGGUAGGCUCCAAUGUGGCCGUCAUUACCCGGUGAAUGUGCCAUCGACAGAGAAAAAGAAGAACGCACAGAGGAUCUGUUGUGUUUGCGCCCACACUCGGUUGAAACAAAUAAAGAAGUCCUACACCAGAUACAUGUGUAAGGAAUGUAAUGUGCCCCUUUGUAUUUUGGGGUGCUUUGAAAUGUAUCCUGAGAGAGUUGUGUUCUAG